UUUAUUUCAUAAAAAACAAAGGAAGAAAGUUAUUGUUAGUUGUCUGAUGGAUAUGCCAGGGUUUCGUUUUUACCCAACAGAAGAAGAACUGGUCUCAUUUUAUCUGCGUAACAAGCUUGAAGCAAGGAGAGAGGACCUGCUACGGGUAAUGGACCGUCUUAUACCGGUCCUUGAUAUAUAUGGGUUCAAUCCAUGGGAGCUUCCACAAUUUUCAGGUGAUUUGUGCCAUGGAGACCCUGAAGAAUGUUUUUUCUUCAUUCCAAGGCAAAAAAGCGAAGCCCAUGGAGGGAGGCCAAAGCGACUCACGGCUACUGGGUAUUGGAAAGCUACUGGCUCUCCAGGUUCUGUAUACUCUUCCAAAAGUAAUCGUUGUAUUGGCGAGAAAAGAACCAUGGUGUUCUAUAAUGGAAGGGCUCCAAAUGGACAAAAAACUGACUGGAAAAUGAAUGAAUAUAAAGCUAUAAAAGAAGAAGAAGCAUCCUCUUCAAGUGGUGCAUAUCCAAAGCUAAGAGAAGAAUUCAGCUUGUGUCGUGUGUAUAAGAAGUCCAACUUCGUGCGAGCAUUUGAUAGACGGCCAUUAGGAGUGGAGAAUAUGGUUCAGAUGAGAGCUCAAACAGCCCCAGAUGAUGGGGCCACAGCAUUUCAUCAAAGCCCUUCAGCGGGGGAGAUAACAUGCUCACACGAUAGUUCAACCUCAGGACACCACGGCCAGCCCUUCCAAACUGGAGAAAUCAGCGACAUGGCUAUUGAUAAUGAACCUAUCUGGGAGUGGGAGCAAUUAGAUCAGUACUGGAGUAAGCAGGGACAUUCAGAUCAACAAUGAAAAAAAUCAUAUCUGGGUAGCUGAAGAAAAGGAAGUGCUCGUGUAUUAUAUAUAUAUAUAUAUAU